GAACAACGUACCGAUAUAAUUGAUAGUAUCGAAUAUCGAAUACUCUUUAUGUAUAUGUAUAAAUACAUACGUUACAAUUAUAGUAAGCGAGAUUAUAUCGAGAAAUCGUGUGUUUCAAUAAUCGAGAAUUGUCCGAGAUUUAAAUGCAGAGAACGUAGGAUCUAGCAAUGCUUUAUAAAACGACAUCAUUAUCUUCUGACCGUACUCAUAAUCAGUCGUUAUCGGGCGCGCGAUACCACCACCGCUACUCUUGCUUUUCCUGACACACUUGCCGUCGAACUACGCCGUCCGAUCAUAAUCGCCGAUGAAAAUUAUUUUUCACAGUGAAAUCGCGAUAAGGUCGGUCGGUGCGUUUCCGUUUUUAUUGCUGCUGCUCUCGGUUUUAAUAAUCGCGAGUUUUAACUGUGUGCAUGUACGCGUUUAUCGAUAAAUUUCUACGUUCGCCAUUUUUGUUCUUGUUGAGAAGCAGGUGGCAACGAUCGGGAGGGUGCUUUAAAAAGCGGUGGUGGCGUCGGUGAAGGAGUUAUCCGUCGCUUAUCUGGACCAACGUACGAGAAAGAGGAAAAAAGGAGAGAGAUAGAAGUGGUUGGAAAAAGGUGAAGAAGGAUUAAGGAUAAGGAUAAGGAUAAGGAUAAGGAUAAGGAUAAGGAUAAGGAUAAGGUUAGAAGGAGAGUUCUAUAGAAGGAAUUCAAAAAACGAAAAACAAAAUCAGAACGCAAGAUAAGGGUUUAUAAAGGUUUGAAUCAUCCGAGGAUGAGGCAAGUCGUGGUCUUAGAGCCGGCAGGCAGCGUUUUGGUGAUCAGGCAGACUUCUUUGAGUGGUGGUGGUGGUGGCGGUGGUGGUGGCGGUGGUGGUGGAAGUGGCGGCGGUGGUGGUAUCACAGGAGCUAACAACGCGAAUUUAUCACCGAAUAACAAUGGUCACGAAGGUCAUACUCUUGCCAAUCACGUUGCCGUCUCUUCGAAUGCAUCUAACGACCACAAUCAGAAUCGUAUUGUUGUCGUUCGUUCCUCCUCGACGUGUAUGACAACAUCGGUCGACGACAAUACGUCUCCUAAUGGAAACGGUAAUAUCAAUGUGAAUGCCAACAUCAAUGGCAACUCUACUGGUGGUAUAAAUUGCAAAACAUCGGGAACUGUCGGGCUCGGCAGUGUGUCCAAGUCGGCCGAAAGGAACGAUCACCUUCGGAACGAUCACAAGAAUCAGGAAGGAAUCGUCGUCGGUAGUGGUGGUGGUGUCGUUGGAGGUUCCUCUUCUUCUUCUGCUGCUGCUGUUGUUGCUGCCGCCGCCGCCGCCGCCGCCGCCGCUGCCGUCGGAGAAUCAAACUCUGGAUGUCGUCCAAGAACUAGCAAGGAUGCCGUUCACGAGAGCGUAGCCAUAGAGAGGAAGUUCGAUGGCGCGGAUCCCAUCUCCGAUGGGGAUCCCAUAAAGCUCCCGGAGAAUUUAGAGACUUUGCCGCGGGCCGAGCAUUUUCCCACGCAAAGACACCGAUGGAAUACCAACGAGGAAAUUGCCGCUAUCCUGAUAAGCUUUCAGAGACACGCCGAGUGGCAAAGUCGGGAAGUUAAAGUGCGACCUCGAAGUGGCUCGAUGUUGCUGUAUUCGAGAAAAAAGGUCCGCUAUCGGCGGGAUGGUUAUUGUUGGAAAAAGCGGAAGGAUGGUAAAACUACGCGGGAGGAUCAUAUGAAACUUAAGGUCCAGGGCGUCGAAUGCAUCUAUGGCUGUUACGUGCAUUCGGCGAUUCUACCAACGUUUCAUAGGAGAUGUUAUUGGCUCCUUCAGAAUCCGGACGUCGUCCUCGUCCAUUACCUAAACGUUCCAUAUCCGGACGGUGACGCGAAGUUAGCAGCUCUGCCAACGUGUCUCGCGUUACCACCAGACAAGAAGGAAUGGACGCGAGACGAGCUGGCUUCUCAAUUAAGGCCCAUGUUCCUCGGUGGAGACGAUGAUCCGAAUAAUCCUCAUCUCACGCAGCACUCCACUCAUCCGGUUGAUAUGAUCGUUUCGCAACUGCUGGAUAGACAGAGGGCAUCCUCUACCUCUUCCAGCAGUAGCGCGCAGCUUGCACCUAGGAGGCUAACACCAGAUAAUCAGGUUUCAUCGACGACCGGCGGUCAGCAGCCUUCGACAACAGCUUCGCCGGCACCACGUGUAUAUUCCAGACAUUCCCAUUCGACUCAGAGCCAACAGCCGGCUCCUUUAGUUUUAAGUUUGCAACAAAUUCAAGGUGGAGGUGGUCUUCUGAUACUGAACAGUCAACCAUAUCAUCAUCAACAACAACAACAACAACAGCAACAGCAGCAGCAGCAACAACAACAACAGCAACAACAACAGCAACAACAGCAACAGCAACAACAGCAACAGCAGCAGCAGCAACAACAGCAGCAGCAACAACAACAACAACAGCAGAGUCAGCAAGUUGAAAUGCAACAAGUGACGGAGCAACAAAUCGUUCAGCAAACUAGCGUCGAUAGAGAACAACAAACGCAGCAAGAGAUCGAUGCGCAGGAUAGCAUGGAUCGGUCCACCGUUCAAUCCUUACCUAUCACCAGUUCGGGUUCCGAGGUCACAGAUUUUGCAAAAAUGUUAGACUUGAGUCAGGAAGAUAUUCAGAGGACAUUAUCCGCAAACAUGGUACCGCCCUCGCCGUCACCCUCACCCGCGGACGAUAGUAUGAUAAAUCCGAUGGACUUUAUCGAUUCGUCCGACGACGUGCUGAUCAAUUUGGAUGCCUUCGAUGUGUUUGGAGAUUUACCGGAAUUGCACGAUUUUGAGGCCGAGGAUACGAAACCGGAAAUUAGGGGUGGACCUGAAAACGAUGUUGGAUGUCAGCCUGGGACAACCGUCCAGAUCGCAGAAUACAGUCCCGAGUGGAGUUAUACCGAGGGUGGAGUCAAAGUUUUGGUUGCCGGUCCAUGGACAGGUGGCAACGGUUCGCAAAAUUAUUCGGUACUUUUCGACGCGGAGCCGGUAAAGGCCUGUUUGGUCCAACCUGGUGUAUUACGUUGUCGAUGUCCAGCCCAUGCCCCGGGUAUUGCGUCUCUUCAGGUUGCAUGCGAUGGCUUUGUCGUAUCGGACAGUGUUGCCUUCGAAUAUCGAAGAGCACCUACGACCGAACCGAAUCCAGAAAGAGCGUUGUUGGAUCGAUUGGCGGAUGUCGAAUCUCGAUUACAAGGACCAGGUCCGCCGUCCCCAGCGGCUCACUUGGAAGAACGACUCGUGGCUUAUUGCCAGGACGCUGUCGUUCGCCCGUGGAGAGUCGGUGCCGAAGCUCUUCAAUCAGGUGGUCCGACUCUGUUACAUUUGGCAGCAGGAUUGGGAUAUUCGAGAUUAGCUUGCGCAUUGCUACAUUGGAGGGCUGAAAAUCCGAGUAACGUUUUGGACGCUGAAGUCGAUGCCCUGAGACAAGACAGUGCUGGAUUGACACCGCUCGCUUGGGCCUGUGCCGCUGGUCACGCUGAUACCGCUAAAAUACUUUAUAGAUGGAACGCGAUGGCGUUACGCGUGAGGGAUCGUCAAAACAGAAGCGCCACCGAGCUCGCCGCGGAGAACGGACACACGGCAAUCGCCGAAGAACUGAAUCGGCUCGAAGCCAGAAGGCAAGACGAGAGGCUUUUCUUGCGACCUGCCAGUCCUAGCCCUAGGAGGCCCUCUCAAGACAGCGGUCUCGAUCUGGCGUUGUGUGGCUCCCCGCUCCUGGACAACAUGGAAUUGUUGCAAGAGGAUGAAUCGUCGUUAGGCCUCGGCGAUCAGGGAAUGGAGAGCGCUCCGACCCCUCAAGAGACCGUAGGGGAAGAAGACGCGAGGGUGCUGACGUUGGCCGAACAAAUUAUAGCCGCGCUACCGGAAAGGAUCAAGAGAGCGGAAGGUGAUUCUCCGUCUUCUUCCUCGUCCCCUCCGCCGCCGCCACCACCGUUGUCGCCGUUAGAAGAUGCUUUGAUGGAGCAAAUGCCUCUCGAUUCCGGCGAAUUGUUCGACUCGUACCGUGAGUGCAGCGGAGGCGCGGCCUCCGUCUCGGACGCCGACGCCGAGGCGAGUCCAUCGAGUCCUUCCAGCAGUUGCCUCACACCGGACUCGCCCUCGCCACCCCCGACGACGGCCGACUUUUGCGAAUUUUUGCAAUUGCAGCUGCAACUAGACGGCGGUAACAAUCAGAACGGUGGCGGUCAGUACUAUCCAAGCUGUAACGAGCGGAAAUAUGGCAGUGGAACCGAUGGAAAUGGGAAUACCGAUGGGAACGAGGCUGACUUGAGUAGGUUGACCCUGUCCGACCGAGAGCAGAGAGAACUUUAUCAUGCCGCGAGAAUGAUCCAGAAGGCCUAUCGGAGUUACAAGGGUCGUCAGAGGCAAGAAGAGGCCGAAAGACACGCAGCCGUUCUCAUCCAACAGUAUUAUCGUCGGCACAAGCAGUGCGCUUAUUACAGGCAAGCUACGAAGGCAGCCCUGGUGAUUCAAAGCAAUUAUCGGAACUAUCGCUCACGUCCUGGGUCCGCUUGUUCAAGGCAACAGGCAGUUCAUCAGCAAGCGGCCCAUCAAGCUGCAAGAAAGAUCCAACAAUUUAUGCGGCAGUCAAAAAUCAAACUGCAGAACGCCAGGGCCGCCGCAAACGGGAACGUGAGGCAGCCAGCGGCCAUUUCACGGGCGGUUGCUGUCCCCCAAAGCUCGCACUCAUCUAGCCCAGGGGCCAGCCUACUAGCCGGCAAGCCAGAGGUCAUUUAAACGAUCGUCAAUCCAGCAGCACGAGGAACGCCAACGGCGACACGAUCGGAAAGUAAUUCUCCAGGAGGAAAGUCCUUUGAAUCGAUUGAUUACUUGUUUGAUCGAUCGAUCGAUCGAUCGAUCGAGCGAGCAUCAUACGUUGAAAGAUAUACUUACAUAUUUCUUUCUUAUCACCUCGACGAGCUACGAGAGAACAAAAGAGAGCUUUGAUCUUACAAAAGGGGGAACGUUUUGUGAAUCAAUCAAUUGUUUCUUUAAUUGUCUUUA